AUGGAAGGAGAUCCAGAGGCCGGGACAGAUGCAUGGCAUACAAAAGAUAUUGUGUACAUUUCCAUUGUUGGGCCGUUUAUACUGGCGGCAGCGCUCGAAUGGGUUCUCUGGCUGGCAGCAUUCUUAUACUGCUUGGUCAAAGUCUACCAAAAGGCAGAUCAUUGGAGUAUCAGAGUCAUGGCAGCGCUUAUGAUGGUUUUGUUUACCUUGCUCCGCCUUGCCUUUCUUCCGGUCAUGGUCUUCACACUCCCCUUGCCACCCCAAGUCACCAAUUACUUCCCGACUAAGAUUUCAAUGGGUUUCCAAUGGUUCGCCUUCUGGUCCUUCUCCAUCCUUCUCGUUGGACCUUGGGUGUUCUGCAUUUACAGAAUGAUUACCCAACCGCUCGGAAGAUCGAAGAAGAUCAAAGGGGUGUUGAAGGAUCGAACAGCUCCAAAGACAGUUGUUGUGAUGCCCGUCUACAAGGAAGAUGCAUCAGUCCUAAUUAAAGCGAUCGAUUCAGUCGUCGACUGUGACUACCCGGCCUCUUGUAUCCAUGUCUUCCUUUCUUGGGAUGGUGAUGCAGUGGACGAACCCUAUCUUCAAGUCUUACAGCAUCUUGACAUCCCAGUCACGUUGAGAAGCUUUCCUCCAAGCAUCGAUGUCGCCUACAAGGGCUCUCGGAUUACAGUCUCUCGCUUUAAACAUGGAGGCAAACGAAAUUGUCAAAAGCAAACGUUCAAACUCAUAGAGACUGUGUACAAGAAAUACCUGAAAGCAUAUGACGAUUUGUUUAUCUUGUUCAUUGACUCCGAUUGCAUCCUUGACCGGGUCUGUCUGCAAAACUUCAUGUACGAUAUGGAGCUUAAGCCCGGAAGCAAGCGUAAUAUGCUUGCCAUGACAGGAAUCAUUACGUCGACAACGGAGAGGCACUCGCUUCUGACACUGCUCCAGGAUAUGGAGUAUAUUCACGGUCAACUCUUUGAGCGUUCUGUAGAGUCCGCUUGUGGGGCUGUGACCUGCCUACCAGGUGCCUUGACGAUCUUGCGAUUCUCCGCUUUUCGCAAAAUGGCCAAAUACUACUUCGCAGACAAAGCCGAGCAGUGCGAUGAUCUCUUCGAUUUUGGCAAGUGUCACCUUGGGGAGGAUAGGUGGCUCACCCACCUGUUCAUGAUCGGGGCCCAGCAAGCCUAUCAAAUUCAGAUGUGCCCCGGCGCUUUUUGCAAGACAGAGGCCGUUCAGACCUUUAGCAGCCUUUUGAAGCAGAGACGACGCUGGUUCCUCGGUUUUAUUACCAAUGAGGUAUGCAUGGUCACUGACGUCCGUCUUUGGAGACGUUAUCCGUUGCUUUGCCUUGUUCGAUUCAUGCAAAACACCAUUCGAACUACCACCCUACUGUUUUUCAUGAUGGCCAUUGCAAUGCUCACAACCUCGAAAGCAGCUAGUGAUCUACCGAUCGGGUUCAUUGGGGUCGCUCUCGGGCUCAACUAUAUGCUGAUGAUUUACUUUGGCCUCCGUCUCAAGCGCUACAAAACCUGGUUGUACCCGCUCAUGUUCAUUAUGAACCCUAUCUUCAACUGGAUCUAUAUCAUGUAUGGGAUUUUCACUGCUGGUCAGCGUACCUGGGGCGGACCACGAGCAGAUGCCGCAGCAGCAGACGAGCAGGACAUAGAGACGUUCCGGACAAGCCUAGUCAGCAAACGCCGAUCUGUACCGGUGAGGCCCUCGAGCCAUAUUGAAGGACGCUUUGCGCCUGCCACACAGCAUGUCGACGUUUUAUACUACGAUGCUGUCCCGGAAGGGCUUCCUAGAUUUGAGCCUCCUAAAGCUUUUCGUGACUCGUCAUCAUCCAGAGGAUCAUCCUCGAUGGCAGUUUGA